GCGUUUACCACGGGAGGGCGUAAAUAUUUAGUCACAAUUCACUAGUGUCAGACAACAAAAACCUCUUUCUCUGUGAGGCAUCAGUAAUGUGGUAGGAUUGAACUGUAACAUGAAAAUAACAGGAUAUAUCAAUAUAUACAAGAAGCUGGACAAUAGUUAUAUUACUGGACCAUAAUAAGAAGUUGCCACAAACUGUCUGAAACCAGGAGUACCUGAUCACAGCGGACUCAUCAUGGCAAUUGCAUUGCCACCAGUGGUGACGGGCAUCUCGCCCAUAGAGGGAGUUCCUGGGACCAAGGUCACAAUUCGGGGUGAAAAUUUUGGUAACCGUCCUGAAGAUCUGAUUGGUUUGACAAUAUGUGGGGUAGACUGCCUCAUGACAGCAGAAUGGAAGACAAGUAACAAGAUCAUAGCAAGGAGUGGGGCAGGCAUUGGAAAAGGAGACAUUAUUGUUACCACAGUUCAAGGAUCUCGAGGAACCUCUACUGUCCAGUUCAAAGGGUACCAGGAAACCAUGGGGCCCCUGAAGGAGUCAGCUGUGUGGGUGGAUGAAACUAUUUUCCUCAACAUGGCAUUUGGAAGAAAACGUCCUAUGUCACCAGCUUCUGUCUUGCAAGAUGAUCCCCUUGGUCUUUCUGUCGAGGGAAAUGACCUAAAAGUUCUGGAAGAGGAUCUAGAGGAGAUGUUUCCUGGAUGUUCUGGUGAUCUUACCUCAACUAAAUUCAGCCCAGAGUGGUUCUUGCUUGAGAACCAUCUUUCCACAUCAUUUGAAGACCUGCGUGCUGGGUUGGCUUGUUUGCGACGCAAGGUUGAGGCUCAGAAAGAGGGGCAAAUAUCAUUUUUAAAGGCUAAUGUUGGAUCUGUAAUAGAACAACUUGACACCUUACAAGAACUCAAGUGUAAAUUUGAGAGUGACAUUCAGGAAUAUGGCCGAAAUUCUACCCAAAUAUUAGAAAAGUCCAUCAUAGAGUGCAAAGAGGAAGCAGAUAAGCUCUUUGAGGAUGUACUUCAGCGUAAGGAUCGAGCAGAUGGGACGAGAAAUGCCCUGAAUGUUCUUCACCGUUUCCGUUUCCUCUUGUACUUACCAGUAAACAUAGAAAGGCAUAUACAGAAAGGAGAUUAUGAUGUUGUUAUUAAUGAUUAUGCUCGAGCCAAGAGUCUCUUUGGUGAUACACAAGUUCCGCUCUUUCGUAGAUUCUACAGUGAAGUGGAGAAACGUAUUGAUGACUUGAGAAAUGUACUUGGAGAACAGCUGACUAGAAUGCCUUCAUCACUUGAACACCAAAAGAAAAUAAUAAGAAAUCUUCAUCACUUGGAAACACCUGGUGAUCCUGCCUGGCAGUGUCUCUCUGCCCAGCAUGAAUAUAUCCUUCAUCUUCUUAUAUCUGCCCGUGAUAAUCACCUUAAUCGGGAAAUGGCAGAUCAUGACCUGGGGUCAGGGGGGGGCAAGAUAAGUGGUGGUGGUGGUGCAGGAGGUGCCAGACAUGCUACACCAGCUGCCAAGUAUAACAAGAUUAUGAUGUCUUCAGUUGGAGAGUGGCAGGCCACAGCUCCUGUCCGUGUGUUGAUGGUAGAGGAAAUAUGUGAAGUCUUGUCUACCAACUUCCCAGACAUGUGGAAGUUAAGUCAGGCAUAUUUUGGUGGUGAGCUGUUGCCGCCCACAGCUCAAGUAGACCACUUUAAACAUCCCAGGUGCAAGGACAUGAUUCUUGAACUGCUACAUGUGUUCAGUGGUGUGAUGCGGGGAGCUAUAAUGCCACUUUCUCUACACCCAGAUGGUCAAAACUUCAGAAAUUAUCAUGUUUGGCCAGAAGUUUCUUUAGACCAAAUUACUCCUUGGUUACCACAGGUUCUGCGGCAUGUACGGGGAUGCCACAAUACUCUGCUGACUCUAGAUCUUCCUAAUGAUGCACUUGAUGUUUUAAAAGAUUUAAUCUUUGAUUUGAGAGUUCACUGCCUGACCUCGCUCUUUCAACAAACAGUUGAACACGUACGUAGCUUACAUACACGAGAAAAGUGGCAGCUGGAAGUGGACGAUGAAAAUGGUGGAUGUACUCAUUUGCCACACAUUUGUGAAAAUGUAAUUGUGGAGUGUGCACAGCUGGUACGAGAAACUGUUCUGGAGACAAGUCAUCACGAGUCGCCACUGAUAGAUCACCCAACCGUCCGCCGAGACAUUAUGACCCUCAUUCACAAUGUUAUUGUUGCCUUUGCUCAGUCGCUUGAGAAGCUAAGCCUUCGUGAUCCAGAUGAAGAUAUUGGAGACUGCAAUGUCAGCGAGAAUGCUCCAGGGAUUGAAGCACAACUGCUCAUUACACUUAGUAACUGUGCUUUCAUGCGGCGUAGUAUCCUACCUAGACUGUCGGAUUCCUUAGUGAGAGCUUCGUAUCCCCAGGAAGAAGUCAAGGAAGCUGUAGAACAAGCAAGUCGCACUUACACAGAGCUGCAGGACAGACUUUUUGAGGCCUAUUUAGAGGAAAGAGUUGACCCUAUAAUUGGUAUGAUAGAGAGAUCUAUGUAUCUUGGCCAGUAUGACUGGGGGAAGGUGGACCAUCCUCCCACUGAUGUCCGCACCUAUGUCAAAGAGAUUCUCCUUAAUAUAACUCAUGUUCAUGCUGAGGUUGUACGUGUAUGGCCAGGCUUAGUUGGAAAACUCAUUGGUCGAGUAGUGGAAGGCGUUGGAGAAGAGAUGUCUCGUCUAAUUGCUUGUGUUGGUAAUUGGUCAAAGUCCGGUACUCUGCAAGCACAUAUAGAUUUGGCCGCUCUCACAUCUGUACUACAAAACCACAUAUCUCUAGCAGCAAGUGCAUCAUUUGAAGAGGCUAGAGAAAUGCUCCCUAAAUUAUCAGCUGCAGAUGAAAGAGUAAAAGAAGAAGUUCUUCAAAGCUUUAGGAGGAAAAUGCGGUUUUUGUUAGGCUGCUUUUUGGAGUUGGAGCAUCUAGAAGACAGCAUUACUACACAUUCCUUAGCAUAGUGUAUCCUUGGCCAUACGAACAUUCGCUUAUACGAAAGCUAUUCUCACUUUUAUGGUCCCUUAAGGUAAUAUAGUAUACCAAAUUUAUAUUUUAUUAAUUUUUAAAUGUGUUGGGUACUAAAUUAUAGUAGUUGGGUAUUAAAUUACAGUAGUUAGGUACCUUCUAUAGUAGUUAUUUAUUUAAGUACAGUAGUUAAGUACUAAUUUACAGUAGUAAGGUAGGUAUUUUGUUGUUUGUGAACCAUUCACCUUUUUUUUUGUAUAACAUUGGGGUU